AUGGUUGCUCCAGAGAAAUGCAUAGGGAAUGUGGUGGCUGUGAAGAGUUCAAUGCCUCACUCAAUAGGUUCAUUGAUGAGAGAAGAAAGUAUAAUCAGAUCGUUGAUUGGUUGUGAAGAAUUGCUUCAAUGCCAUUUUGGCCAAUUCACUAUUGAGAAGAGUGAAUUCAUCUAUAAUCUUGUUAUGGAAUUUGCACCUUAUGCUGGAGUUGUUCAUUGUGAUUUAAAGCCCGAUAACAUUCUUCUCUUUCCUUCAUCCAAGAAUGAUGCAAAGAAUCAACUCAAGAUUGCAGAUUUUGGAUUGUCCAAGACUAAAGAAGAGAUUAUCAAUGCUGAGUAUUGGAAUUUCAGGUUUAGGGGGACACCAUUAUACAUGUCACCAGAAUCAAGGAACCCUCCAACUUCAAAGGAGAUGAUUCCAACUACAAAUGAGAUGAUGUACAAGCUUGCUGUCUUUGAAGAAGCACCAAAGAUUCCUAAUGGAGUAAGUGAGGAUUGCAGAGAUUUCUUGAGCAAACGUUUCAUCAAGAAUCCUAGUCAGAGAUGGACUGCUAGCAAGCUUCUCCACCAUCCUUUUCUAUUUUCUCCAUAUGAUUCUUUUAGAGUUUUGGGUGCAAUGGUCCCUGUUUCCAGAACUGAAGGUGGAGCUGGCACACAAAUACUCUCAGCUAUAGUGCGCAAAACCAUCCAAUCCAUCAAGGAAAUCGUAGGGAAUCAUUCUGAUGCUGAUAUCUAUGUAGCCCUUAAGGAAACAAACAUGGAUCCUAACGAAGCCACUCUGAAAUUGCUCAACCAAGAUCCAUUCCAUGAGGUGAGGAGAAGGAGAGACAGAAAGAAGGAGCCUCGGAAUAUUGGGAACAAAGGUUCAGCUGACCCAAGGAGGCAUUAUGAGAAUGUUGGUCAAGGAAUGAAAUCUCAUAUCUCAUCUGAACGUAAUGUUCUUAGAAGAAUAAACUAUUCUCGGAACACUUUUCAAUCAGUUGGUGCCAUCUCGAAGACUGAACAAUUUAGUCGAACUAAUGUAACUGAACCUUCAUUCCCUGGCAUGACAGUUAGUAGGCCGUCCUUGAACAAUCAAUAUAAUAGUAGGCCACAUCAACAACUCGCGAGACAUCAGAGAGUUUCCCAGCAGAAUAAAGUGUGGAAACCUAAAUCAAGUCAGAAGUCUAACAGCAAUACUCCUGGAGUGAUUGGAACUCCUAAAAAAGCUGCUUCACCUCCAGUUGAAAAUUCUAUAGAUAUAGAAUCAAACGCUGCAGAG